GACGCAGAAGGACACCGAGCCGCCGAACGCGUCCCACCUCCGCCUUGAGAACAGCGCUCACCGACCACAGCAACAACACAGCUACGGUGAACCGUGUUGCUCUCCUACCUGGGUCGGUGGACAUCUCUCGCAGAGGAGCACAUCUUUCGCAGAGCGGCACAUCUCUCACAGAGCAGCACAUCUCUCACAGAGCAGCACAUCUCUCACAGAGAAGCACGUCUUUCACCAGAGGGGCACAUCUCUCACAGAGGGCCACAUCUCUCACAGAGGGCCACAUCUCUCACAGAGGGACACAUCUUUCACAGAGGGCCACAUCUCUCACAGAGCAGCACAUCUCUCACAGAGCACCACAUCUUUCACAGAGGGCCACAUCUCUCACAGAGCAGCACAUCUUUCACAGAGGGCCACAUCUUGGUGGAUGUGGGGUGGGUGGGGGAUGUGGGGUGUGAGGUGGAUGUCGGGUGUGUGGUGGAUGUGAGGUGUGUGGUGGAUGUGAGGUGUGUGGUGGAUGUGGGGUGUGUGGUGAAUGUGUGGUGUGUGGUGGAUUCGGGUGUGUGGUUGAUGUGGGGUGUGUGGUGGAUCUGGGGUGUGUGGUGGAUGUCGGGUGUGUGGUGGAUGUGGGGUGUGUGGUGGAUGUGGGUUGGAUGUGGGGUGUGUGGUGGAUUUGGGGUGGGUGUGUUGGGUGUGUGUGGGUGUGGUGAGUGUGGGGGGUGGAAUCUUGUUGACUUGUUCAAAUGUAAUGUCUCUAGAAAUGAUGGUAACGGGGAUAAUAAGAAUACCAUCACGAGUACUGGAAUACCAUCAGGAGUACUGGAAUACCAUCAGGACUACGGGGAUACCAUCAGGAGUACUGGGAUACCACCUGGACUACGGGGAUACCAUCAGGACUACGGGGAUACCAUCAGGACUACGGGGAUACCAUCAGGACUACGGGGAUACCAUCAGGACUACGGGGAUACCAUCAGGACUACGGGGAUACCAUCAGGACUACUCAUCUUUCCCAGAGGGCCACAUCUCUCACAGAGCGGCACAUCUCUCACAGAGCAGCACAUCUUUCACAGAGGGCCACAUCUCUCACAGAGCAGCACAUCUUUCACAGAGGGCCACAUCUCUCACAGAGGGCCACAUCUCUCACAGAGGGCCACAUCUCUCACAGAGG